AUGGAAGCAAACAACGAGAAGGCAUUGGAUAGGUCUGUGCUCAAUCUGAAGCGAAAGCGUGCUUCUCGAUAUGCUACAUGUCCAAAUGGAGCUCUGCGAUCAGUGUUACCUCAAUGGACAUCACUCAUAUCACCGAGAAACAAGAUUGUCAAACGAAUGAGAUUGAACAGGUACAAAAGCAAGCCCACAAACUCGGAGACUUGUAUUGGGCAGUCGUUAAUUCGGUAUUAUAUGAAUUUUAAGAAGAGUGGACGCCCUGAACGUUUGAUGGUCUAUGAAAAUGGUGAAUGGAAGGACUUCCCUAGGGAUGUUGUUGACUUGGUUAGGAAAGAUUUUGAUGUAAAGAAAGCAGUUGUGGAGGUUGAGUUAAAUGGCCAUCAUCUUGUGCUGAAUUUUUUGCACAUGUAUCAGAUGAAUUUGAAAUCUGGUUUGCAGCAACCUAUUGCUUGGAUUGAUGAGAAUGGGUGUUGCUUUUUUCCUGAAAUUUAUACUGCUUCUAAUGAAGGGCCUCUCUGCAAUCAGGACGGUGGAAAAGGCCAUGAAUCAUUCCUCCAAGAUCCCAAUGAAAUUAAAUUACAUUUAGAAAUUGAAAUAAACGGAAUGAAUGCAUCUCAGUUUGGGGAGUGCAGUGGGGAGUCCAAUGUUUUAGUUAAGCAUAUUCAAGUCGAUGCUAAACAAGCCUGCAGUCAAAAUGAUUUAGAAAUUGAAGAUAGUAGUAAUAAAAUGGGAGAUGGAAAUGUUGGUGAACCUGUUGAGCAAAAUAAAAAUAUAGGUUUUAAUGCUUAUAAUGAAACUGUAUAUGGAAAGUUAGAUUUGGAUACUGUACAGAAUAUGUUUCUCAAGGGAAUUAGUAGUUUUGGUAGUGCUGACAUAGUUGAGAUUUACCCCUUUUCAAGUACAUUGAUGCAAUCACGAUUGGAGCUGUUUGAGAAGCAAGCUGAAAUUACGAAGAAGUUCCGAGGGGAUGCUAAUGUUCAAUAUGCUUGGCUUGCUUCUUCUAAAGGAGAACUGUCUACUAUGAUGACAUGCGGGCUUGGCCAUUGUGGACUAUCUGCAUCUAAAUGCACACAUGGUAUUGGUGUUCAUCUUGCAGCUGCUACCUGUCCUUUUGCCAGUGCUGAUUAUUGUGAUGUUGACGAAAAUGGGGUUCGGCACUUGGUCUUUUGCCGUGUAAUAAUGGGGAAUAUGGAGCUUCUCCGUCGUGGCACUAGACAGUUUCGUCCCAGUAGUAGUGAUUAUGAUAGUGGGGUGGAUGACAUCCACAAUCCAAGAUACUAUGUAGUAUGGAACAUGAACACGAACACCCACAUCUAUCCAGAAUUUGUUGUUAGUUUCAAGGUCUCUUCUAAUGUUGAAGGCCUUUCAGGAAAUGAGAGAAAACAUAAUAUUUUGGGGAUUAAUUCAGCUAGCCAAAGUCCUAAAAUCUUGUCACGUUCAGAGACUUCGACAGUAGACAAUGGAAUGGCAACUAGUUUACCUAAAGCUCCAACAUCCCCUUGGAUGCCUUUUCCUGUGCUUUUUGCUGCUAUCACAAACAAGGUUCCUGCCAAGGAUAUGGAACUUAUCAAAGUGCAUUAUAUGCAUUUCAGGUCAAAAGAGAUGACUCGGGAUGAGUUUGUGAAGAAGUUGAGGUUGAUUGUGGGAGAUGCGCUCUUACGAGCUACAAUAACUGGUUUAACUGGUCUUCAACGCAAGAUACCAUCCCAGUCGUCCUGUGCGAUCAAAAUGGAAUCCUGA